CUCAUGAUGAAUUUUGAGGAAGACCCUUGUCUAGGCAGUACCUGGCUGGUGAGAAGUUCUUUGUGAAGAUGUGGUCAAUAAACUGGUAGAUGAACUGUAUCAUUGCUGGCUUGGGACAGCUGCUGCUAGGGCUUAGGGCUCAAGAACCGUGUUACUCCUGAACUGUGUCUGAAGCAGGAAACAGAAUGAUGUAUGAGAUGCCUGGCUCAGCGAGUAAAAUACACCCACAUGAUGUUAGCACCUUGCAUUUACAGAAUGGCUUGCUGUCAACCAUUAAACAUUGCCUUCUGUCCUCCUGGAUUAAAGAUAACAUUAAGAAGAAGGAGUGCUGCCUCUAUGUGGAAGAUGCCAGAGAGGGGUUUUGUAUGUGUGGAUACCCAAAAAACCACCACCCUGUGGAGGCCAUUGAAGCAGAGGAGUACACAGGAGAGACGUGGAAUAAAGACCUGCAUGUUAGAGAGGUCCCCACUGAUGCGUUUGGUGACAUCAGCUUCAGAAAACAGAAAAUAGGCAAGUAUGUGCGUGUAUCUUCAGGAACUUCUGCUGAAGUUCUGUACCAGCUGAUGACAGAGCAUUGGAAGCUCCAGCCCCCCAACCUCUUAAUCUCAGUAACAGGCGGCGCUAAGAACUUCAACAUGAAGACCCGUCUGAAGGACAAGUUCCAUCGUGGUCUCAUUAAAGUGGCCCAAACCACAGGUGCCUGGAUCCUAACAGGUGGCACACAUACUGGUGUAAUGAAGCAUGUGGGGAUGGCAGUGCAUGACUACAUCCUCAGCAGCAGGUUCAUGGAGAGGCAGAUCAUAGCCAUUGGUGUGGCCACCUGGGGGGUCAUCCACAAUCGACAGGAUCUAGUUCAUCCUGAGGGUUGCUUUCCUGCUCAUUACUAUCUGGAUGAACAGGGUCAAGGCCGGCUCUCCUGCCUGGAUGAUAACCACUCUCAUUUCCUGCUGGUGGAUGAUGGAAUGCAUGGCCAUUAUGGGACUGAGAUUGAGCUUCGUGGAAAACUGGAGAAACUGAUUUCAGAGCAGCCUCUAGGAAACAGAGAAAGUGGAGUGAAAAUUCCAGUUGUGUGUGUGGUGCUGGAUGGUGGACCGGGAACACUAAAUACAAUCUACAACUCCAUGAUGAACAACACUCCAUGUGUUGUUCUGGAUGGUUCUGGUCGCUUGGCUGAUGUCAUCGCUCAUGUGGCUGCCCUGCCCUUGUCAGAGGUCACCAUUGCUCACACCCAACAACUACUGAAGAGAUAUUUUUUAGAUGAGACAUUCUCUGAGCUCCAGAUCAUUGACUGGACCAAGAAGCUUCAAGACAUAAUCAGAAUGCCCCACCUACUAACUGUCUUCUACAUCAAUGAGGAUAAAAAGAGUGACCUGGAUGUAGCAAUUCUCCAAGCUUUUCUGAAAGCCUCUCGUAGCAAAGAUAGUGUUGGCAACAAGGAGAAACAGCUGGAGCUGGCUGUGGCUUGGAAUCGUGUGGACAUUGCACAGAGCGAGUUCUUCACUGAGGAAAGUCACUGGAAGUCCAGGGAUCUGCACCAGGCCAUGUUCUCCGCUCUGGUGGGCCAUAAGGCUGAGUUUGUGCGUCUCCUGCUGGAGAACGGAGUGUGUCUCGACCAGUUCCUUGAAAGUGAAGACACACUUUGUGAGCUGUAUACACACCUGCCCAGGUGCAUGUUCUUGCACAAGCUAGCCAGGCGUGCCCCAGGAGAUGAGAUUUCCCUGAGCCACGUGUCUGAGGAAGUACGCCACCUGCUGGGCAGCUUUACAUGCCCACUCUACCCUCCGGCUUCACCCAGCCACAGAACACAGAUGUCCAUCAAUGACACCAUUUCAACGAAAUCCAAGAGCGUUCCGCAAAGCGUGUGGAACGCAGGCCGAGACCUCUUCCUCUGGAGUGUGCUGCAGAACAAGCGGGAGCUGGCAGAAAUUGCCUGGGAACAGUGCAAGGACUGUAUAGCUGCUGCUUUAGCUGCCAGUAAAAUCCUAAAGAAGCUAGCUGAUGAGGGCGGGGAUAAUGGGGAGGAGUCUAUGAGCGAACUCGCCGACCACUACGAGAAGCAGGCUAUUGGUGUUUUCAGCGAGUGCCACAGAUGUGACGAGCAGAGAGCCCAGAAACUGCUGAUCCGGAUCUCUCCGUCCUGGGGUGGGACCACCUGCCUUCGCCUGGCCCUCGAGGCUGAUGACAAGAGCUUCAUAGCUCACUCAGGGGUCCAGGCACUGCUGACACACGUCUGGUAUGGGAAGUUAGCAGUGGAUAACCCACACUGGAGGCUAUUGCUCAGCAUGCUGUUCUUUCCUCUUGUAUUCACUGGAUUUGUGGUCUUCAGGCAUGAUAAGGCCAUCCGGAGAGAAGCAGAAAGAAAAAAGGAGAAGAAGAUGGAUUCUGUUACUCAGAGCUAUAGUGGUGAAAGGGUGAAUCCUCACAUUAGUGACCGAUCUGGAAAAUCUCCUCUGAAGCCUUUAAACUGCUGGACACGGCUGGUGAGUCUGUACACCUGCCCUCAGGUAAAGUUCUACUGGAACAUCGCUUCCUAUUUCGGUUUCCUGUGGCUGUUUGCUGUUGUGCUGAUGAUGGACUUCCAGUCCUCGCCUUCCUGGAGAGAGCUCCUACUCUACGUGUGGCUCAUCUCUCUGGUGUGUGAGGAGGUCAGACAGCUCUUCUGUGACUCUGAUGGGUUUGAUUUUCAAUGGAAAGCGAAGAUGUAUAUCAAAGACCUGUGGAAUAUUCUGGAUGUGUUGUCAAUAACCCUCUUUAUAAUUGGCCUGACUCUCAGGCUGCAAGCUUCUGAUAGUCUGUUCUAUGUGGGCAAAGUCAUCCUCUGUAUUGACUUCAUUAUAUUCUGCUUGCGCCUAAUGGCAAUCUUCACCAUCAGCAGAACCUUAGGUCCUAAGAUUAUCAUUGUCAGGAGAAUGAUGUUGGAUUUGUUCUUAUUCUUGUUUCUGCUCAGUAUCUGGGUGGUGGCCUAUGGUGUGUCCACACAGGGGAUCCUCAUUGAGAAUGAAGAGCGCCUCAAUUGGAUACUUCGUGGGGCUCUUUAUGAGCCCUACCUAGUCAUAUUUGGCAGCUUACCAUCUAGCAUAGAUAGCACCCAGUUUAGUAUGGACAGUUGCAGUGUGAAUGGCACCGAUCCACUGAAGCCUAAGUGUCCUGUGCUGAACAGUGACAGCAAUCCAGUUUUCCCUGAAUGGCUGACCAUCAUCAUGCUGUGUGUUUACCUGCUGUUUGCCAACAUACUGCUCCUCAACCUGCUCAUUGCUAUCUUCAACUACACAUUCCAGCAGGUGCAGGACCACACGGACACGUUCUGGAAGCUCCAGCGUUAUGAUCUGAUAAAGGAAUACUACAGCCGCCCUGCACUGCCUCCCCCCUUCAUCCUCCUCAGCCAUCUCUACCUCUUCAUCAGAUGCCUGGUCCAGCGAAGGGCCUCACAGAAAAGCAGGCCCUUCAGGCAAGAGCUGACUCAGACAGAGACAGACGAUCUGUUAUCAUGGGAGGCAUGUAUGAAGGGCAACUACCUAGCAUCUCUGCAGCAAGAGAGGAGCCAGAGUGUGGAGCAUCAAAUUCAGGUCACAGCAGAAAAAGUUGCAGCCAUGUCAGAACUGCUAAACCGAGAACAAGAAAGAGGUUCUGUCACCAUGGAAAAAAGAUUGGCUAAGCUGGAGGAACAGGUCAGUAAAUCCACUAAAGCACUACAAUGGGUUAUGGAUGCCCUUACAUCUCAGGGCUACAAAUCCAAACAGAAAGUACCUGUAUUAGCGAGGACAGAGAGUGACACUGCAGAAUCUAAUAGACAGGAACCAGACGGGGAGAAGACUCAUCACUUCUAUGCCCGCCAGCUUCACUAUCCUGGCAGCAAUGUUAAACGCUUCCCUGUACCUGAAGAGAAAGUUCCCUGGGAGGUGGACUUUAGUGUUUACUCUCCCCCGGUUUACAGUCUACAAGGAAUAAGAGAUUCAGAGAUUUCAACCUUAGACACACACAGGAAUCCGGCAGGGCGAACAGGAAUAAGGGGUAGAGGAGCUCUAAAAACCCUCGGCCCAAAUCCCUUUCUAAAUCUAGUCAUCACAAGAUUUGAAGGCUCUGUGCUGCAGUUUUUGGCUGUUUGGGAAAAUACAGCAGAAUCCUGGUCAAUACCUGGGGGCCUGGCUCAAAAGAACGCACCCUUACCAGAAGGCCUGGAGACAAAACUAGGGAAGAAGCUUUACCAAAGUAUAAAUGCCAAAAUAAAAUCAGGAACCAAAGUCAAUGAGGUUUACAAGAGUUAUGUAGAUGACAUCCGGAACACUGAUAAUGCCUGGGUGGAAACAACUAUAAUAACCUUACACCUUGACUGCCAUAGUCUGAGGAUAGAUGAUUUUGGAGAGACCAAACUUCUCCAGUGGCUGAAGGUGAGCAGUCAGACUCCCAUGUGUCCAGACCAGGGAGAGGUUCUCUGUCAUGUUGCCCAGUUUCAUCAAGUAAACUUCUGAAAAUUAAGAUGGCUUUACACUGUGUGAUUACAGCAGUCUUCUACAUUUGCUGCAUGUCUCACUGUGCAAGUGGUACCUGAGUGGUAGCUCAGGUUAGCAGUUCAAACCACUGUUGGGCCCCUGAGCAAGGCCAUUAUUCCUCAGUUGCUCAAGUUGUAUUCAGUCAUAGUGGGUCAUUUUGGAUAAAAGCAUCACCAAAUACCAUAAAUGUAUGAAAUGCUGCAGCUGAGAUCUUUACCAAACUACAUGACAGACUGUGAAAACUCAAUUGUACUGAGUCAGACUAUACAAUCUCCUUUCUGGCAAUAA